AUGACUAAAUUUACAGCUGCUAAUAUGAGUAUGUUGCUCAAAUUAGCAAAUAGUAGAUUAGUUUUACAUAAAAAUAAAAAUUUUGAACAAAGUAAUAUUCAUAAAAAAGAGAUUGCAGAACUAUUAACAUUGGGAAAAGAAGAACAGGCUAGAGUAAGAACAGUGGCAGUAAUUAACGAAGACUAUCAUACCGAAGUUUUGGGUAUUUUGAUUUUAUAUUGCGAAUCAUUAGCAAACAGAGUUAGAGGUUUAGAAGGAGUAAAGAUAUGCCCACCCGAUUUAAAAGAGGCAGUUUGUGGUAUUAUAUUUGCCUCGCCAUAUUUAGAAAAACAAGUAGAGCUUUAUAAAAUUAGAAAGAGAUUAAUCGAAAAGUUUGGAAAGAAACUACCCGAAGAGUGUAUUGAUUCUUGUUGUAUUAACCCAAAGAUUGUACAUAGACUUUCUAAUAAACCACCAGAGGAAUCAUUAGUAAACUAUUAUCUCAGUAAUAUUGCAAAGAAACAUAAUGUUGAAUGGGAUACACCUGCAUUACCACCAUUAGUCGAUUUACAACAAAGUAUUCCAGACUUUACAUUAACUUCAUUAGCUGAACAAUUCCCAAGUACACCAUCUAAUACAAACCCAGCACCAUCCUCUGAUGAUUUAUUAAUGAAUUUCCCAUCAGUUCCAAAAGAAAAUACCGCAACCAUUGACCAAUUCCCAUCACCACCAUCCAUUCCAAAAUCAACUGCUACCACCCAACCAAAAUUGGAGUUCCCAAGUUUACCCCAAACAAUGUUGGUUGGACCCGCCAGUGCUGUAAACUGUAAAGCAUUUGGUGACGGUUUGAAGAAAGGCUAUGUUGGUUACGAAUCAAAGUUUACAAUUCAAGCAUAUGACUCAAAGAAUACUAAAAUCAAUAAGGGUGGUGAAACAUUUAAUAUUUUAAUUCAAGGCCAAUUUGGUGACCAACUAUAUGGCAAUGUUAAAGAUAAUGAUGAUGGUUCAUAUACUGCAAGUUAUAUACCACCAAGAGCUGGAGGAUAUGCCAUUGCUGUAUAUUUAGAAAAUACAUUAAUUGCUGAUGGCCAACCAUUCAUUUCAAAUAUCGAACCUGCAACAAUGAUGGAACAAGAGAGUAAAAUAGAUCCAACUAAAUGCGAAGCUUUUGGUCAAGGUUUAGAAACCGGUGUACCAGGCAAACUUUCAACCUUUACAAUUCGUGCUAAAGAUUCAAAUGGUCGUAUAGUCAAAACACCUCAACAAUUUUAUGUUUUUGUUCAAGGACCACCAGGAAUUCAAAUCUAUGGUGAUGUUAAAAACAAUAAUGAUGGUACAUAUAGUGUCACAUAUACACCAACUGUAAGUGGUGGUUAUGGUGUAAUGGUUUAUCAUGAAACAACACCAAUACGUGAACCAUGGACAUUUUUUAUUUUAGAAAGUCAAGAAGCUCUUAGUAAAUCAAACACUGAAGAGGAUGAAAUGGAUAAACUUUGGAAACAAACAGCCACUCUUUCAUUUACUAAAGCUGCUGUAAUUGAAAAUUAUCCAGAAGCUCCAAUCGAUAUACCUACACCAACCCCAUCAACUGCCAAAGUUACUAUUGAGGAAAGUCCACAAACUAAAUCCGCAAGAAUCGAAUUCCUUUCAUCUAUUAAAGAAAAAACAUUGGUUGUAGAUAAUGGCUCUGGUAUGGUUAAAGCUGGUUUUGCUGGUGAAGACGCACCACGUUCAAUAUUUCCAUCGAUUGUUGGUUAUCCAUUAUUCAACAGUGUUAUGCAUGGAAUGGGUAAAGAUAAAUAUAUUGGUGAAGAAGCUCAAGCAAAAAGAGGUGUUCUCUCAAUUAAAUAUCCAGUCGAACAUGGUGUUAUUACAAACUGGAACGAUAUGGAAUCACUUUGGGAAUAUACUUUUACAACUGAACUUCGUGUUGAUCCCUCCAAACACCCAGUUCUUCUCACCGAACCACCAUUAAAUCCAAAGGCCAAUAGAGAAAGAAUGGUCGAAACAAUGUUCGAAGUAUUCCAAGUCCCAGCACUCUACAUUGCCACCCAAGCUGUCCUCUCACUAUAUGCUUCAGGUAGAACCACUGGUACUGUAUUAGAUUGCGGUGACGGUGUAUGUCAUACUGUUCCAAUUUUCGAGGGUUAUACUAUUCCCCACAAUAUUAAAAGAUUAGACAUUGGUGGUAGAGAUAUUACCGAAUACCUAAUGGUAUUGUUAACCGAAAGAGGCUAUGCUUUCACCACAACCGCCGAACGUGAAAUUGUUCGUGAUAUUAAAGAAAAAACUGCAUUCAUAUGCCAAGACUAUUAUGAUGCUAUGGCCGCACCAGAAGAUGAUUCGUUAAUAACAGAUUAUAUUAUGCCCGAUAAACAAGUACUAUCAAUAGGUAAAGAAAGAUUCCGUUGUUAUGAGGCAUUAUUUGACCCAUCACUUUUGGGCAAGGAUCAAAAUGGUAUUCAACAUUUACUUAAUGACACAAUCAUGGGUUGUGAUAUCGAUAUCCGUCGUGAACUCUAUAAAAACAUUGUUAUUUCAGGUGGCACAACUUUAGCACCAGGUUUCGAAUCUCGUUUACAAAAAGAAAUGAAUUUCUUAAAUCCAUCUGUAGACAUUAAAAUUUCAGCUCCUCCAAAUCGUAAUCUCAGUGUUUGGUGCGGUGGUUCCGUUUUGGGCGAUCUUAAAACUUUUUCUGACCAUUGGAUCACAAAAGACGAAUAUUUGGAACACGGCAAAACCAUUGUUCAUAAGAAAUGUUUUUAA